ACAUCUACUUUUGGGGAACAAUCAUCUUACACACGUCUUAGUGUUCAGACUUCUACUCUGUAAUUGCCCGUUGAGUCGUCCAUCUGCAGGAGAACAGGUAGUUGGCCGUGUUUCCUCGCCUGUACUUUGCCCCUCCCACCAGCAGCUCCAGCCCUCCUGUGUAACCCCUGAUUGGCUGAGGGGAUUGCGGGUCCUGAGACUGAGCGCUCGGCUCUAAGCUGUGCGUCCGCCAGUGUGCACCAGUGAAGCGAGAGGAGCGCUUGUUGGAGUCAACUAUAGACAGCCUACUGGCAACGAGUGGUGAUUUCUUUUUUCUGCCUCCACCAGGCUGGAUAUAGGCGUCUGUGCUUCUACUUUUGCUGCAGCCCAAAAUGCGUUUUAGAGGCGACAUGCACUAGACUCUGUCAUCUUUUACUGCCACUGGCUUUUGGCUACAUUUUCAUCGGAGUGUUUGUGUGUUGCAUGGACUAAUUAUCGGGAUACGUGCUGCCUUUUCCAAGUGAGAUACGAGGAAAUUAAUUAGUAAGUAAAAGCUUGAAGACUAUCGGAAGGGAUGAAAGACUAAAUCUGCUGGAAAUAAGAAAAAAGCUAAUCGGGACUUCAGUGAUGUGCUGAGACAUUCCUGCAAUUUCACCCUUGUUCUUUAGGCAGAGAUACCCGGACUUAAGCUGUUGAAUAAUUUUGUGACUGCAGAUUCUUGUACCUUUUUCAUCAGAUGAGCAGUUUUAGAGCACCGUAGCUGCCGGCUGAAGAGGAAAUAUUAUCACAGCGUGUACUGUGCCACACGGAGUGUGAUUUUUAUGCAGAAUGCGACUUAAUUGUUUCGCAGCAAGGAGGAGAAUCUAACGCGGACUUUUGAGCCUGAUCACUUCAUCUGAACGGAAGAUUUUUUUUAUUUUUCUGGACUUUUGCUGCUCCAAGGAAUUCUCAUUUUGUGUCCAUGCAGUCCGAGCGUUCGUCCUCCUUUUUGCGCACUUCAACAUGGACAGUUCAUCAUGUUUUGCCGCUUGAUAAGAGGUGCACGGAUUUACACGGCUAAAUCACUGUUGUGAGAAGAUUCAGCAUGUUUUCACUGAUCUGUUCUGUCCGCUGCAGCAGACCGGAGGAUGUGCUGCGCCUGAGAAGAGUCAAAUAGGCUGAGGCACUUGUAACAAUUCUAGCUUUCUCACCAUGAUUUAAUUUGCAUAAUACAAGAGCAAUUCGUCAGCCAAACACUUUUUCACCGGACACUUUAAUGAGAUGAUUCAUUUGGAACCCUUUUCCUCUUUGCUCUGACGUGCAUUCUUGUGCGUAAUAAUCAAGAUAUUUUAGAAAAACUCAACAGGUUCAAAGCAAAGCAAGGAAAUGGAAUUAAUACAACUGAUUUGUGUGUUCCUCUUGUUUUGGGUCGGGGCCGAGGCUGUCAUCAACCUGAAGUAUGGAAUAAACGAGGAGAUGAAGCCCGGCUCCGUGAUUGGGAAUGUGACAAAGGACGCGCUAAAGCAGGGAUUUCAGAUUGCACCGCAGCCCCCAUACUUAAGGGUUAUUUCUAAUUCUGAGCCGCGAUGGGUGGAACUGAGUCCAGCCGGAAUUCUUACAACCCAAAUGAAAAUAGAUCGGGAUGUAGUCUGCAGACAGAACCCCAAGUGCAUUAUUUCCCUAGAAGUGAUGUCAAACUCUAUGGAGAUCUGUGUCAUCAAAGUUGAGAUUGAGGAUUUGAACGAUAACGCACCCAGAUUCCCAACGAGCCACAUUGAUAUUGAGAUUUCUGAGAACGCCUCCCCUGGUACCAGGUUUCCCCUAGAGGGGGCAAGCGAUCCGGACUCGGGGAUCUUUGGAGUGCAAUCGUAUUCCAUCACCCCAAAUGAGCUUUUCGGACUGGAAAUAAAGACCAGAGGGGAUGGGUCCAAAAUAGCAGAGCUUGUCGUGCAAAAAUCUUUAGACAGGGAGACACAGUCCCACUAUUCGUAUGAAAUCAGUGCAGAAGAUGGAGGAGACCCUCCUAAGAUAGGCGCGGUCCAGUUAAAUAUCAAGGUGAUAGAUUCCAAUGACAACAACCCUGUUUUUGACGAGACGGUGUAUACAGUGAACGUAAUGGAGAAUUCCCCCUUAAACACUUUAGUCAUAGACUUAAAUGCAACGGAUCCUGACGAGGGCACUAAUGGAGAGGUGGUGUACUCGUUCCAUAGUUACGUCACCGAGAAAACGAGGGACGCGUUUAAAAUUGACCCCAGAACCGGGAUCAUCACCGUGAACGGGGUUUUGGAUUAUGAAACAGCGCAAAUCUAUGAGAUCGACGUCCAGGCAAAAGAUUUAGGUCCUAACUCUAUUCCAGCUCACUGCAAAGUCACUGUGAACGUGAUGGACACGAACGAUAACCCACCUGUCAUCAGUUUACUCUCCCUGAACACGGAGAUGGUGGAAGUUAGCGAGAACGCGCAGCGCGGGUAUGUCAUCGCGCUGGUGAGGGUGUCAGAUAAGGAUUCUGGGGCAAACGGUAAAGUGCAGUGCAGGCUGCAGGGCAACGUGCCAUUCAGGCUGCAAGAAUAUGAGAGCUUCUCCACUAUACUUGUUGAUGGCAGGCUGGACAGGGAGCAAAAGGACACGUACAACCUGACUAUCCAAGCGGAGGACAGUGGCAUCCCUCCUUUACGCGCCACCAAAUCUCUGGUUGUCAAAGUCACAGAUGAAAAUGACAACCCUCCCCACUUCCUCAAACCGCACUAUCAAGAGAUGGUGAUGGAGAACAACCUCCCUGGCUCCUGUCUGCUGGCUGUGUCAGCAGAAGACCCGGAUCUGGGCAUGAAUGGCACAGUUUCCUACUCUAUAGUCCCCGGUGAGAUUAAGCACAUGGAUGUAAACACAUAUGUCAGCAUAAACCCAUCAGGCCGCAUUUAUUCCAUGAGAUCAUUCGACCAUGAAUACACCAGGACUUUUGAUUUCAAAGUUUUGGCUAGAGACAAUGGUAACCCCUCUUUAUCCAGCAACGCCACUGUGCGUAUUGUUGUCCUGGAUGUGAAUGACAACACACCUGUUAUGACAAACCCUCUGGUUAAUGGCACAGCGGAGGUAUCCAUCCCCAGAAACGCUGGAGUUGGAUACAUGGUGACCCAGGUGAAAGCAGACGACUACGACGAGGGGGAGAACGGGAGGCUGACCUACACCAUCUCGGAGGGGGACAGGGCUUUCUUCGAGAUCGACCAGGUGAACGGAGAGGUGCGCUCCACUCGGAUGUUUGGAGAAAACGCCAAAUCUACAUACGAGAUCACGGUGGUGGCGCGGGAUCACGGCAAGCCCUCCCUGUCUGCCUCGGCCUACAUUGUGGUGUACCUCUCCCCGGAUCUGAACGCACAGGAGCCUAUCGGACCUGUCAACCUGUCCCUCAUCUUUAUCAUCGCGCUGGGCUCUAUCGCAGCCAUCCUGUUUGUCACCAUGAUCUUUGUGGCGGUCAAGUGCAAGAGGGAUAACAAGGAGAUCCGGACUUACAACUGCAGGGUGGCGGAGUACUCAUACGGCAACCAGAAGAAGUCCAGCAAGAAGAAGAAGCUGAGCAAGAACGACAUCCGCCUGGUGCCGCGAGACGUCGAGGAGACGGACAAGAUGAAUGUGGUGAGUUGCUCGUCUCUCACCUCCCCGCUCAACUACUUCGACUACCACCAGCAGAGCCUGCCGCUGGGCUGCAGGCGCUCCGAGAGCACCUUCCUCAACGUGGAGAACCAGAACUCGCGCAAUGCCGCUCCCAACCACGGCUAUCAGCACCCAUUCACUGGGCAGGGCCACCAGCAGCCAGACCUCAUCAUCAACGGCAUGCCGCUGCCAGAGACGGAGAAUUACUCCAUUGACUCCAGUUACGUGAACAGCAGAGCCCACCUCAUUAAAAGCACAUCGACAUUCAAAGACCUGGAGGGGAACAGUCUGAAGGACAGCGGGCACGAGGAGAGCGACCAAACCGACAGUGAACACGAUGUCCAGAGAGGACACUAUGUUGACACGGCUGUCAAUGACGUGCUGAACAUGACCGUGCCCCCUAAUGUUUGCCAGCUGCCAGACCAAGAUCCCGGCGAAGGCUUCCACUGCCAGGACGAGUGUCGCAUCCUCGGCCACUCUGACCGCUGCUGGAUGCCUCGAGUCUCCAUUCCGGCACGCGCCAAAUCGCCAGAGCAUGGCCGCAAUGUCAUUGCCUUGUCCAUCGAGGCUACCACAGUAGAUGUGCCACACUACGAGGACGGCACCACCAAGAGGACUUUUGCCACCUUUGGCAAGGAUGGGCCCGAGGACGUGGAGCGGGGCGAGUUUAAGGGAAAGCGGACUCAAGAGUCGCAGGUGUGUAGCCCCAAGGCCAAUGGAGGGGCUAUUCGUGAAGCUGGCAACGGGCGUGAAGCAGCCAGCCCCAUCACUUCCCCUGUGCACCUGAAGAGCCCCGUGUCCAAGCCGUCGUCUGCCUACAACACGCUGAAAUGCCGCGACGCAGAGCGCAUCGCCAACCACAGCCUGCUGCGGCAGCCUGAGGGGAAGGACAGUGAGCCGGCCGUGAGGGAGAUCAACACACUCCUCCACGAUGGCCGAGACAAGGAGUCCCCCAGCAGCAAGCGCCUGAAGGACAUAGUGCUUUAGCGAGCUUCUCUCUGACACGUACUAUCAUGCACACACACAAACAGUGUAAACUCACAUUUAUGUACCCCGCAAUAGCUGUGUGUACACAGAGGAAAGUCAAGCUGACACACCCAUUUUGCAGUAUACAAUAUUGAAGAAGCAGCCGGGCUGAGGAUGAUGAACUGUAGUAUGCUGCAGCUAGUUGUGUGCUCAUGCCGAGGUAGUGGAUGUGGCUUUGUCGUAGUCGCAGUACUUUUUCCUUGUUUGCUUUUUGUUCAGUUUUGGUUCUCUGAGUCUGCAAUGAGUGCAAGGCAGGUCACUGUCAACUGCAUGGACAUGGCGAGCGGAGCUCUCCAGCCUUCUCCAGCGCCAAAGCAGGACACUACGUGUUUGGACACCCCAGGUGCCAAUUCUUAAGUACAGUUAUGCCUUUUGAACUACUUUUGUAUCACAAACUGAUAUUUGCCUUCUUUGGUUUUUGCAGUUUGUUCUAGCUGCCAAAAUCGCUCUUUGUUCCUUUGUAUAGUGGGAUUCAUCAGUGUAAUAAAUGACAGCAGACACACAGGACUCAUCUAAAAAUACCCUCCAUUGUACUCCUUCAACAGUUUUCAAUGCAUUCAGGAGAGGCAAAGGGAGGCCUCUGCCUCAUUUUGCCCUUUUUCCUUGGCUAAUAAGAGAAACUUUCUCUGCGUAUCCCUGAGGACGUCCUAGUGUCAUCAGACUGUGAGGUCUUUACAGUAUUUAUAUUUUAUCAAGGAUGGAGCUAAAUGAACUCUUGCUAUCUGCCCAGCCGCUGUGAACACUGGAAGUGGGACAGACACAUCCUUGUGUUCAAAUUGAGUUGUAUGAAAAAAAGACUUACUGCUUUUGAAAUCUCCUGUGCCCAACCUUGAUUGUAGCCAGUGGAGCACAAAUUAGAACUUUGUGCUCUGGUCUUGUACUUUUUUUGACUUUUGACUAUGGGGCUAGGAUAGAAGGGAUCGUCACUCAUGUCUUGCUAUGUGAAACUCUCCAUAGGGUUUACUAUUAUCAUUUUUAAUAACCCGUUGUUAUGUGACAAUCCCUUUAAUGUUUUGUUUCAAGAGAAAAAAUGAAUAAACAUUGGUGUUCAACUGAAGCUACAGUAGCGUUUGUUACACAAACACAAAAAUGAAAAAAAACAUAUAUGCCAAAAUAUAUUUUAUAAAUAAUUUAAAAAUGUAUAAUGAGAAUAUUUAAUGCUGUGUAGUUAUUUUAUGAGUAAGUUAUACUUGAAAUUAACUUGCUUUUGUUCAUUUGUCUUUUUGCUUUUAUAUUGAACCUGAUUUAUUUUUCUUUAUUUUCAAAAUGAACUUGGAUUAUGAUUUUUUUUUAAGUGUGACCCCUGGCUACUGUUGCAGUCUACCUUGUUGUAAAGAGUUUCUUAUUGGUCAGUUCUUGUGCCAUCAAGUUUCUGUGUGGGCUACUAAAAAAUGUAUAAAAAAGACAAAAAAAAGAUCAACAACAAAAAAAGCGAUAUCAGCACCAACAUUAGUGUGUCAGUUCAACGAGCUUAGAGUGAGAUAGCAAAAGAUACCAAAAAAGAUGCAAACAAAACCUUAAAGAUUGCAGGAUGUUGCUUCAUCUAAGUAUCUAAGGAGGAGAAUAAAAAGGUUCCCAAGCUGGUAUACAGGGUUCCACCUACCUUAUAUAUCUAAGUUGGAUUCCUAUUGGGCCCAGUCAUGUUCAAACAAGACUUUUUUAGCUACAACUGAGGGCACUUGGGCAUGCAGGCGUGCUUUUGUCAGCACUGCUGUCAUCUGUGUUCAGUUGAUCUUGAUGCUAAAGUUUGGAGCAUAGUGCUACAAACAGGGCUCUCCCCUUCCUACAAACACCACACAGCACACCGGGUGGAAUCAUGUUUGAGUGAGCUAAGGUCUCAGAAGAACCAUGUUGCACAUCAGCAAUGUGGUUUAAUGUUGCUUUGCAGUAAACUAUGUACAAUGUGGAAAAAUAUGAAUGACAAUGGACAAAUUGCAUACAACAAACUAGAUCUUGUAGCUGAAUGUUUUGCUGGUCUCACCCAUGGCUUCUGGCAACAUGAAAAUCGGAAUAAUCACUGAAUGUAUACAGCAGCUUAUAAUUAAACUAUUAAAUGUCA